AGCGCCGAGUGAUUUCGGGCGCGUCACUUAUGGGUAGGCUUGUGACACAGGCAGAUAUCCGGGUGAAGAGGGGUUUGUGGGUAUACUUACCCAAGAGGAGGCUUCAAGUACCUGUUUAUUGCGGAGGCCGCUGUUAACAUGAACAAUUUAAAGGUCUUAUUUCUUGGAUUAUGUCUUAUUGCAACCGCGAAACCAGAUGCAGAGUUUUGGAACUCCAUGGCCCAGGAAAACCUGAAAAGAGUUCUACAGAAACAAUGGAACACGAAUAUCGCUAAAAAUGUCAUUUUGUUCCUGGGGGAUGGAAUGGGGAUCUCGACAGUCACCGCGGCGCGGAUCUAUAAGGGGCAGCAACAGAACAAAACAGGGGAGGAGGCAAAACUGGCGUUUGAAGAAUUCCCAGAGAUAGGGCUCGUCAAGACUUACAGUGUGGACGAGCAGGUGCCCGACUCGGCAGGGACAGCCACGGCCUUCCUCUGUGGGGUGAAGGCUCAAUCCGGGGUACUGGGGUUGGACGACACGGCAACUUACAAAAACUGUUCCUCCUCGAUUGGAGCGGAGGUAGACUCCAUCCUACGGAUGUCUAAACAAAAAGGUAAAUCGGUUGGCGUUGUGACGACGGCCCGCCUGACCCACGCCACCCCGGGAGCUGCGUACUCUCACUCAGCGAGUCGGGGCUGGGAGGGUCUGUCCAACAUGGAAGGGGUGGAACCCCAGUGUACGGACAUCGCCUACCAACUCGUCAUGAACAACUCCGAUAUAGACGUUUUAAUGGGUGGCGGUCGCAGGUUUUUCUUGUCAAUGAACAAAACAGAUCCAGAGCUGAACAGGACCUCAUCCUAUCAAAGAUGGGACUUGGACCUCGUCGAUGAAUGGCUGAGGCGGAAACAAGAAGAAAACGUUUCCCAUAGUUACGUGUGGAAUAACGAAGGAUUUAAUGCUAUUAAUCCACAGACCACAGACUACGUUCUAGGUUUAUUUGAAUCUUCACACAUGCAAUACGAGUAUCAACGUGACACAGGUCCUAACGGGGAACCAUCACUGGCGGAAAUGACGCAGAAAGCCAUAGAAAUCCUCGGAAGAAACGACAAAGGCUUCUUCCUAUUAGUGGAAGGGGGUCGGAUAGACCACGGUCACCACGCCUCUCAGGCAGCCGUCGCUUUGUCGGAAACCGUUAUGUUUGACAAAGCGGUUCAGGUUGCUAAGGAAAUUACGAAUGAUGACGACACGUUGAUAGUAGUAACAGCUGAUCAUUCCCACGCCUUCAUGAUGGCUGGAUACCCUAGCCGGGGAAAUGACAUUUUAGGGGUCGUUGACACGGAGAUUGGAGAGGACGAUAUGCCUUACACGACCUUGACCUAUGGUAACGGACCACAACAAAGAAGGAAUCUUACGGGUAUAGAUACCACGGCCUUCACUUUCCGACAGUCAGGAGUUGUUCCCCUGGGUUCUGAGACACAUGCUGGUGAGGAUGUUCCGGUUUAUGCUUCAGGUCCGAUGUCCCAUUUGUUUGUAGGAACUCAUGAACAAAACUACAUUACGCAUGUGCUAGCAUACGCUUCCUGUGUUGGUCCAUAUCCGGGACGAUGUGCCGUUCCACCGGUCUCUACUACCGGAUCUGCGACAUCCGGUUCUGUGAUAUCAUUUCUCUUGUUAUCUAUCUCAUUUUUUCUUUGUUGGCUAUGAAAUCCAGCUUUUGAUAAAUUAUGAUUUUUA